AUGGAUGAGUUGAUAGUCAAUGUAGACGAAGGUUCACAUCAAGUGAACCUAAAUCUGAUGAAUAUUGCAUCAGAUGAUGAUGAUGGACUUUGGGAAAGUGCUUGUGCAGCUGAAGAAGUUCAGGAGGGCGAUGAUCCUCAAAAGCAUGCUUAUGAAAGGAAGCCAAGGAAGAAGACCUCUCCAAUUUGGAAGGACUUUAAGGAAUUACUGCAAUCUAGUGUGAAGAAAGCUCAGUGCAUUCACUGUAAAUCUAUCAUUGGCAUUCCUGCUUCGGGCGCCACAACUCAAUUUCAUAGGCACUUGAAUAGUUGUAUUCCAUGCAUAGCAGCUAGCAAGAAGCAGAAGGUGAUUACAUUUGACUUUGAUUGUGGUAGUGUGGGAUCCGGAUCAUGUUUUACUUAUGAUCAUAAGAAGGUCAGAGUGUCUUAUAUGGUAGUUACAUGUCAUUUUGUUGAUUCUUGGUGGCAUUUACAAAAACGUGUUUUGAACUUUUUUAAUGUCCCACCCCCUCAUAGUGGUGUUAUAAUUGCUGAUGCACUUCAAAAGAGUUUCAUUGAGUGUAAAAAUGAGAAUAAGGUAUCUACAAUAACAGUAGACAAUGCAAGAAACAAUGAUGUGACCAUUCAAAUUUUAAAAGAUGAUUUUACUUUGAAAAAGACAUUAGCUGUUAAGGGGCAACUCUUUCAUGUACGUUGCUAUGCUCAUAUCACUAAUCUGUUGGUGCAAGAUGGUAUUAGUCAAAUUGGAGAUAUUGUGGAUUGUGUUAAGGAUGGUAUAAAGUAUAUAGUUGUAUCGGAGGGUAGGUUGAAGCAAUUUGCUGAAAUUGCAAAGCAGUUACAAUUGUCCUAUAAGAAACUGAUUUUAAAUGUUCCUACUAGGUGGAAUAACACUUAUAUGAUGUUGUCUACUGCAUUAGAGUUUAGGGAGGUGUUCCCAAGGUAUGAAGAUAGGGAUCAAAGCUUUCGUUGGGUGCUAAGUGUUGAUGAUUGGGUUAAAGUUGAGAAUGUUUGUCAUGUUUUAGAGGUUUUUAAUGAGGUGACAAAGAUAGUAUCAGGGAGUAAUUAUCCAACUUCUAAUUUAUUUCUUCCUGAGGUUUGGAGAAUAAGAGAUGUGUUGGGUAAAAAAUCUAAGGAUGCCAAUAUUUAUGUAAGAACAAUGGCAGAAAAAAUGUAUUUGAAAUUUGAGAAAUACUGGGGGGAAUGCAAUCUGCUCAUGGUUGUUGGUGCUGUUUUGGAUCCAAGUUUUAAGUUGAAACUUGUAAAAUUUUGUUUCCCUGAAAUUUAUCAAGAGCCUGAAGCCACUAGAAAUGUUGAAAAGGUACAUAAUGUUUUAAAUGAGUUGAAUGGUGAGUAUGUUGAUGCCCACAACUUAACUGCUGCCCCAAACCGUGGGCAUCAAAGUAAUUCUAAUUCUGCUUCAUCUUCAAGUGAUGGCUCAUCUAGUGGUGUUCAAAGGAGCACUAAAAGUGGAAUGGCUAUGUUAAACUUUUUUGUAAGAAGUGUUGAUACCUUUCAACCUGUGAAGUCAGAUCCAGAAAUAUAUUUGAAAGAAGAUGUUUAUAUCUGUGAUGAGGGUGCUGAUUUGAAGUUUGAUGCUUUGGAGUGGUGGAAAUCCAAUCAACUUAAGUACCGCAUUUUAUCUAAGAUGGCACUGGACAUCCUUUCAAUUCCUAUCACUACAGUGAGUUCGGAAUCAACAUUUAGUGCUGGUGGAAGGGUCAUUGAUCCCUAUCGUGCAUCUUUAUCUACUAAAACUGUUGAGAUUCUGCUGUGUGGAGCUGAUUGGGUUCGAGCACUACAUGGACUCAGUAAAUCUUCUAAUUUGGAUGAACCUUCUUUGGUGGAGAUUGACUUGCCUUAA